AGAAGGUACUUUAUCUCGGUUUUAAGCCAUUGCAACGUCGUUUUAAUGUUUGUCAAGUUUGCGUUUUUUUUAAUUAAAAAAAGUUGAACUGCAAUAGCAUUGAGUGUACUAGUCUAGUACUUUAUUUACUCUAUGAGAUGUAGAUAUUAUGCUUGAUAUUUUAUUGGCUAUGUUAACAUUUUUAUAAAACGUUAGCUGUGUUUAUGAUAUAGUAUUCAUAACGAAACAGUGCAUUUUUUCACAUAACAAUGUGUCAUUUCAGUGGAAUAGUGUUGAGUCUUUUGACUGUUUUGUUCAUCAGUUUUGACAUUAGGCUUACUGUUUCAUAUAAACCAGUUGUCAUUAUUCAUGGAGUAAUCACCGGAAAUGUUUCGAUGAGUACCAUCAGCUCACGGAUAUUAGCGCAUCAUCCCGGGACGGAACUGCACAUCACGGACAGGUUCGCGGGAUGGGCCAGUCUCGCGCCCAUGUGGCACCAGGUCAACGAAAUCGGCAAGGAUGUGAUGAACAUAUCUGCAGCUCAUCCGGAAGGCAUACACUUGAUUGGGUAUUCUCAAGGCGGCCUGAUAGGGAGAGCGAUUUUGGAAGCAUUUCCGCAGCACAACGUCCACACUUUCAUCUCGCUGAGCUCGCCACAGGCUGGCCAAUACGGCACCCAGUUCCUGCACCUGUUCUUCCCGAGCCUAGCCUGCCGGACGGCCUACGAGCUCUUCUACUCCACCGUCGGGCAGCACACCUCCGUCGGCAACUACUGGAACGACCCCCACCACCAGGGGCUGUACUUCAACUACAGCCGCUUCCUGCCGUACGUGAACGGCGAGCGUCGGUCGGGCAACGGCAGCUCGUACAAGGCGGGCGUCGCCCGGCUCCGCAGGAUGGUCCUGAUCGGCGGGCCCGAUGACGGCGUCAUCACGCCGUGGCAGUCCAGCCAUUUUGGAUACUUCAACGAGAUGGAGGACGUGAUAGACUUCAGGGAGCGCAGUGCUUACGUCGACGACUUGUUCGGGCUGAAGACUCUGGACGAACAACGGAAGUUGAAGGUCAUAACCGUAAAUGGUGUAAACCACCUUUCGUGGCACAGGAACAUUUCUGUCAUUGACAAGUACAUAGUUCCAUUUCUGGAUUGAAUACAGAACGGAGGCUGACAGCCAAGAAACUGUGGUAAAUUUGCUUUAAUUCGAGGUCAGCGAGUUUUCGGAUCAGAGGUGAAUAACUAAAUGCAACCCGGUCUGAUUACUAGCUUUUCUUGGUGAUACAACUUACAGUUAGCUAAAAGUAUCCUACUUAUUCAUCAAUUGAUGAUGUGUUUUUGUGCUGGUGUUAAAGAAGCCAACAAUAUUGUAACGUAGCAUUUCAAUUAAUAUGCAGGGGAUAGGUUAGAAUCAAACAAUGAAAAAAGAAAA